AUGGCGCAGCCGCCGGAACCCACCACGACCCACGUUCCGGCGCUGAACAAGCCGUACACGUCGGAUAUGCUCCCAGCCGGUUUCGUCUUCAAGCCCAAGGCCCGCUGCCUCCUCGACCACUACCUCGUCCCCAAGGCGCUCCACGGCCGCGUCCCCGACGACGUCAUCCAGGACGCCAUCGCCGACGGCAUCGACGUCUACGCCGUGCGGCCGGAGGCGCUCCCGUUCCCGCCCCGCAACUGCGGCACGUACGAUGGGCACUUCGAGGCCUGGGGCUACUUCUUCGGGACGCGGCCCGCGGCGGCGGCUGCGGGUGGCGGGGACGGCGACGUCAGGGACGUGUCGGCGGGCGGGUGCUGGUGCCGAUACGGCCGCGAGAAGGAGUACGCCGACGACGACGGGGAGGUGUACGGGUUCCAGACCAGGCACGCGUUCUACGAGGCGAGGGACGGCGGCGAGCGGACGCCCUGGCGGGUGAAGGAGUUCCGCCUCAACGAGGGCGCCGCCUGCUUCCGCGGCGUCACGUUCCACCCCAGCGCCAAAGACCUGGUCGUGUGGAAGGUCUACAACGUGGUGGAGCUCCCCGAGGAGGAGCCGGCGGAGGAUUACUACAGCAGCGAUGAAGACGACGAGGAGAAUGAAGCGAAGAUGAACAGGUUCAAGGUUGGAGACCUUUGUAUCGCCGGCCCCGCCGCCAACACUGCAUGA